AUGUCAGACACAACGGCAUCGCAAGAAACCACCACCUCCAGUAAAGUCAACAGAAUCAUCGACUACGGAAUCGACUACCAAGCCUGGGAUGGGCCCUACGACUACGAUGUCAGACCCAACAUCAUCGCAAGAAACCUCCACCACCAGGCCAUUGAUAAAACUUCUUUUUUCGGAGGGGGUGGGGAGUCAAGUGAAUCAUUGACUACAGACACGACCACCAAACCCAUGACGAGCCCUACGACAACGAUGUCAGACACAACGGCAUCGCAAGAAACCACCACCUCCACCACAUAUACAUGCCUGGAUGAUCCUAGAGGAGUGAACUACAGAGGAAACUUAUCUCAGACCAUCAACGGUCGUACUUGUAAAGCGUGGACCUCUCAAGAUCCCCAUAAACACACUAUCACUCCAGCUAACUAUCCUAACGCGGGACUAGACGGAAACUAUUGCAGAAACCCCGAUAUUGAGUACACUGCUUGGUGUUACACCACCAAUCCUGGGAUAAGAUGGGAGUAUUGCGCUGUAGGUUUCUUUGACCCAAGAUGCAAAGGUAGAUUGAGGGCCGAACGUGGACAAUACCACAGUUUGAUGGAAGAGCUGAGUGAGAAUGACAGGAGGAAUUUCAAGAACUACACCAGGGUGUCCCCAGAUAUAUUUGAUGACUUGCAGAAGAAGGACACCCACAUCAGGAAGUGCUUCCUUGGCCAGAUGAGAGAGGAACCAGACACAGUCCGCCUGCUUAUUGAAGCUGCCGUCAUGCUGCACAACCUCAUCAGGAAGCGCUAUCAGGCACUAGACGUCCGCAUGUUGGACCAAGAGGAAGCCCAGCACAACCUCAUCCCUGGUCAGGGCGGCAUCGCAGGACUUUCUCACAGUGAUGGCGGCAGUUCCCCAAGCUCUAGGGAUGAGGUUGUGCUGGGCAUCCUCCUGGUCCAACAUGCGGACGUCCAGUGCCUGAUAGUGCUUCCUGAUGAGGUUGUGCAGCAUGACGGCAGCUCAAUGACCACAUAUACAUGCCUGGAUGAUCCUAGAGGAGUGAACUACAGAGGAAACUUAUCUCAGACCAUCAACGGUCGUACCUGUCAAGCGUGGACCUCUCAAGAUCCCCAUGAACACACUAUUACUCCAGCUAACUAUCCUAACGCGGGACUAGACGGAAACUAUUGCAGAAACCCCGAUAUUGAGUACACUGCUUGGUGUUACACCACCAAUCCUGGGAUAAGAUGGGAGUAUUGCGCUGCUAAAGGCCCAAAGAUAGGUGUGUUUUGGAAGUUGCUGUUUGGUACCGUGACCUGUCUGUCCUUCGCCCUGCCUGUGUUAUCGGAUAGGUCCAAGAUGGCGAAGACAACUUGUCCAGACUGGUACGGCCUAAAUUACACUUUGCCCAUGUUCAAAAAGUGUGAGAUGAAGCGACUCCAAGAUGGCAGCAUGGUGCAGAGCAUCCCCAAGCUCAUUCCUUUCCCUUCUGUCAUCGGCGGGUGCCACCAGAGGAAGAGUAAAGAAGGGAUCCCGGGUGGGCAUAGAAUAUGCAGAAUCCCGUAUUGUGUCAAAGAUCUCUGUACAAACGGCUGGUGUGAGGAGACUAUGGUAGGCUACGACUGUCACUGCUCGAGUGGGUUUCAAGGGAGACACUGCGAUGAACAGGUCACCGUGUCAACGGAGGAAGCAUCGACCAAGGCCACGACGAGCCAUACGACCAUAAUGUCGGAACGCCCAGACGCAACGACUACUCAAAACACCACUACAUCGAAGUCAACUAAAUUAUCGACUACGGACGCGACGACUAAGCCCACGACGAACCCUACGACGAUGAUGUCAGACACAACGCCAUCGCAAGAAACCCCCGACACCAAGUCAAGUGAAUCAUCGACUAAGGACGCGACCACCAAGCCCAUGACGAGCCCUACGACAACGAUUUCAAACACAACGGCAUAUGAAGAAACAACCAUCUCCAAGUCAACAGAAGCAUUGACUACGGACGCGACUACCAAGCCCGGGAUGGGCCCUACGACCACGAUGUCAGACACAACGUCAUCGCAAGAAACCUCCACCACCAAGUCAAGUGCAUCAUCGACUUCGGACGGGACGACCAAACCCAUGACGAGCCCUAAGACAACGAUGUCAGACACAUCCACAUCACAAGAAACCACCACCUCCAAGUCAACAGAAGCAUUGACUACGGACGCGACUACCAAGCCCGGGAUGGGCCCUACGACCACGAUGUCAGACACAACGUCAUCGCAAGAAACCUCCACCACCAAGUCAAGUGCAUCAUCGACUUCGGACGGGACGACCAAACCCAUGACGAGCCCUAAGACAACGAUGUCAGACACAUCCACAUCACAAGAAACCACCACCUCCAAGUCAACAGAAGCAUUGACUACGGACGCGACUACCAAGCCCGGGAUGGGCCCUACGACCACGAUGUCAGACACAACGUCAUCGCAAGAAACCUCCACCACCAAUUCAAGUGCAUCAUCGACUUCGGACGGGACGACCAAACCCAUGACGAGCCCUAAGACAACGAUGUCAGACACAUCCACAUCACAAGAAACCACCACCUCCAAGUCAACAGAAGCAUUGACUACGGACGCGACUACCAAGCCCGGGAUGGGCCCUACGACCACGAUGUCAGACACAACGUCAUCACAAGAAACCUCCACCACCAAGUCAAGUGCAUCAUCGACUUCGGACGGGACGACCAAACCCAUGACGAGCCCUAAGACAACGAUGUCAGACACAUCCACAUCACAAGAAACCACCACCUCCAAGUCAACAGAAGCAUUGACUACGGACGCGACUACCAAGCCCGGGAUGGGCCCUACGACCACGAUGUCAGACACAACGUCAUCGCAAGAAACCUCCACCACCAAUUCAAGUGCAUCAUCGACUUCGGACGGGACGACCAAACCCAUGACGAGCCCUACGACAACGAUUUCAAACACAACGGCAUAUGAAGAAACAACCAUCUCCAAGUCAACAGAAGCAUUGACUACGGACGCGACUACCAAGCCCGGGAUGGGCCCUACGACCACGAUGUCAGACACAACGUCAUCGCAAGAAACCUCCACCACCAAUUCAAGUGCAUCAUCGACUUCGGACGGGACGACCAAACCCAUGACGAGCCCUACGACAACGAUUUCAAACACAACGGCAUAUGAAGAAACAACCAUCUCCAAGUCAACAGAAGCAUUGACUACGGACGCGACUACCAAGCCCGGGAUGGGCCCUACGACCACGAUGUCAGACACAACGUCAUCGCAAGAAACCUCCACCACCAAUUCAAGUGCAUCAUCGACUUCGGACGGGACGACCAAACCCAUGACGAGCCCUACGACAACGAUUUCAAACACAACGGCAUAUGAAGAAACAACCAUCUCCAAGUCAACAGAAGCAUUGACUACGGACGCGACUACCAAGCCCGGGAUGGGCCCUACGACCACGAUGUCAGACACAACGUCAUCGCAAGAAACCUCCACCACCAAUUCAAGUGCAUCAUCGACUUCGGACGGGACGACCAAACCCAUGACGAGCCCUACGACAACGAUUUCAAACACAACGGCAUAUGAAGAAACAACCAUCUCCAAGUCAACAGAAGCAUUGACUACGGACGCGACUACCAAGCCCGGGAUGGGCCCUACGACCACGAUGUCAGACACAACGUCAUCGCAAGAAACCUCCACCACCAAUUCAAGUGCAUCAUCGACUUCGGACGGGACGACCAAACCCAUGACGAGCCCUACGACAACGAUUUCAAACACAACGGCAUAUGAAGAAACAACCAUCUCCAAGUCAACAGAAGCAUUGACUACGGACGCGACUACCAAGCCCGGGAUGGGCCCUACGACCACGAUGUCAGACACAACGUCAUCGCAAGAAACCUCCACCACCAAUUCAAGUGCAUCAUCGACUUCGGACGGGACGACCAAACCCAUGACGAGCCCUAAGACAACGAUGUCAGACACAUCCACAUCACAAGAAACCACCACCUCCAAGUCAACAGAAGCAUUGACUACGGACGCGACUACCAAGCCCGGGAUGGGCCCUACGACCACGAUGUCAGACACAACGUCAUCGCAAGAAACCUCCACCACCAAGUCAAGUGCAUCAUCGACUUCGAACGGGACGACCAAACCCAUGACGAGCCCUAAGACAACGAUGUCAGACACAUCCACAUCACAAGAAACCACCACCUCCAAGUCAACAGAAUCAUCGACUACGGAAUCGACUACCAAGCCCGGGAUGGGCCCUACGACAACGAUGUCAGACACAACAUCAUCGCAAGAAACCUCCACCAUCAAGUCAAGUGAAUCAUCGACUUCGGACGGGACGACCAAACCCAUGACGAGCCCUAAGACAAAGAUGUCAGACACAUCCACAUCACAAGAAACCAGCACCUCCAAGUCAACAGAAUCAUCGACUACGGAAUCGACUACCAAGCCCGGGAUGGGCCCUACGACAACGAUGUCAGACACAACAUCAUCGCAAGAAACCUCCACCACCAAGUCAAGUGAAUCAUCGACUUCGGACGGGACGACCAAACCCAUGACGAGCCCUAAGACAACGAUGUCAGACACAUCCACAUCACAAGAAACCACCACCUCCAGUAAGUAA